AUGGAAUGUCUGAUCUGGUCUGUGUGCCCCGGGGUGGCUCUUCACUUGGUACCAAGGUACUACGGUAUUCAUCCGGUCUCGACACCGACACACAGUGAUGUCCUAGCUCAGGUCAUUACUGAGGCUAGAGGAUACAAAUCGGCGGGUUACAACGGAACAGGAAUCCAUAAGCAGUCUAUCGAUCGUCUCUGCAGGGACCCCCCCACGUCGCGUCGUGCAGAAAGGAUUGGUCGGUUGGGCUUUUUGACUCUUGACUUUUACACGGCCCGCCUGCGCCUUUUUCCCUCUUGGAUCGGUAGCGUCUCUGAGAGGCAGUAUCAAGCCUCAACGAUCAGAGACAGAAAGUCAAGGCUUGAUCACAGCUCAUUUGUCCCCACGUGUCAAACGUCAAGUGGGACAGUAAUGUACAGUCCCGUCUGUCCUGACAGUGCAAUCCAUGCUGCAUAUACAUAUACGUCAAUAGCAAGGCCAUGUUAUGCAAAUCAUGCCCAGGUUAUAGCUGACUUGUACAUAUCGACUAUCAAUGCAAUCUCUCAGGCGGGGGUUUCCUCUCUCAUGACGAUGGAUGUCCCCGUUGUCAUUCUCAUUCUCGUGACUCGAGCCAACUCAAGUUAA